GAGUUUAUUUAGGGUCAGGUGAGCACAUGACGAUCACGGCCUGGGCAGAGUCCUUCCGUUUUCUUGUGAGAGGGAACAUACUGUUAGAGGACUGGAGAUCUGCGACACAGCAUCACCAUGUUGGGGAUAACUGUGCUUCUGGCUAUCUGUGUGGCGUGCUGUGCCCAGGUUCCUAUUCCCCAGCGGCCUCCAGGAUUCGCCUACGCGGGAGGGAUGGCGUCAGCACCUGUACAGCUAGAGGCCUUCCUGGACCUCAUGUGUCCGGACUCCAAGGCCGCCUACCCCACCAUGAAACAGGUGGCAAAGGAGUACGGAGCCAGCACCCUCCGGUUCACGGCGCACAUGUUCCCGCUUCCCUACCACAGGACUGCCUUCAUCUCCGCACAGGGAGUGUUCGUUGCUGCUGAGACGGGAUCUGACAUGGUUUGGAAGUGGAUGGACGCCAUCUUUGAGCAGCAAGACGACUACAAAAUGCCCCGGACAAACGACAUGUCUGACACGCAGAUUAUCGAUAAGCUGGCAAAGGUAGCCGAGUCCAUCGGUGUUUCUUCUGAAAACUUUACUUCACAAGUGAACAACCAGGAACGCAUGGUGUACGAGGACGCAAGAGUCGCCUGGAAGUACGGCUGCAUUCGUGGAGUGGCCGGCACUCCGUGGUACCUGUUGAACGGAGUCCCUGUUAACGCCAGCCCGAACUGGACAGUGGCUCAAUGGAAACAGAUCAUCGACUCCCUUCUUAAACAACAGGGCGUUUUUGUGAAGGAGACCAUCAACGAUUCCUCCACCUGUCCUAACCACGAGAAAAAGUGCGACUACCUGCCCGGGAAGUUCGAGUGCUGCACUAAGGGGGAAAGCUGCAUUCCCAAUGUCGGCUGUAGGUGCUGAUCCGAACUUGUGCAUCUUAAAGUUGGAGAAUGUCAAGUCUAGAGAGAAAAUUUAAAAAGUAACAUUUACACCAAGUCUAAUUUUCCAAGAAAUGCUUUUACUGCUGUUACUUUCACGAUCUAAUGAGAAGAAAGUCGUUAUAAGGACAUUAAAAGGAGUAAAAUUGAAGGUUUUCCAAAGGUUAAACAACUUAGGUUGUUUUUUUCUGAGAGUGUAAAAAUGCAAUAUGCGCCUGUCUUCCAUAAAUUGUUUGACUUCGAUUUAUGUGUCAUUUCAAAGAUCAAAAACAUAAUUUGCACUGGCAACACUUUAUAUGCAAGAUGUUGAUCAGGCAUGUUACAGCAUCGACCUGAAUAUGUGCAAUGAUGUUACGUGUCUCCAUCAUAUCAAUAUAUUAAAUGGAAAUGUGAAAAUAAAGUGCAACAACAAGC